UCAGGUCGUGAAACCCUGAACCAGGAAGGGAGCUGUCGGACAUCGAAGGAACUUGCUUCGGUAGUUCAACCCUGAGAGCUAAGAUGACCCUCGGAGAAAUCGCUUGCACUUACGCUGCUUUGCUCCUUCACGAUGACGGGAUUGCCGUUACUGCGGAGAAGAUCGCAGCCGUGGUGAAAGCCGCAAAUGUGACGGUUGAAUCAUACUGGCCGAACUUAUUUGCUAAGCUAGUAGAGAAGAGGAAUAUUGAAGAUCUUAUAAUGAAUGUGGGAUCCGGCGGUGGCGGUGCUCCCGUUGCUGUAGCUGCUACAUCUGGAGGCGGAGGUGGUGGUGCGGCCGCCGCAGCUGCUCCUGCAGUUGAGGAGAAGAAGGAAGAGCCUAAGGAAGAGAGUGAUGACGAUAUGGGAUUCAGCUUGUUUGAUUAGGAGCUCCUUUCAGUAUGCAUGGUGUUUCUGCAAAUUUAAUUUUUGUGGUUUCUCUUUAGGAUUUUUUUGUUGUUAGUUAGAUGCUUACUCCUCGAAGUAGUCUCAUCUCUGAAGCAAAGAAAAUUACAUUAGUCGGAUAUUUUGAAGCCUUUUUGUGGUGAAUUUUAUUAAUUCUGAAGAGUAUGUAAGUGACUUUAAA